AUGACCGCCCGGCACACUUUGACCUCGGCGAUACAAGCCUCGGUGGCUUCGACAAAUUUCCAUGCCGCCGCCCAGGUCCGAAGAACUGCACGGAUUUCCGAGAAAGCGAGCCGGACCGAAGCUGUCUGUCUGUUGGGCUCGGACGACAUCCGACAGAAGUCCGCUUCACCACCAUCCACCACCACCGAAACCGCUUCCGCAGACAUGGUCAUUUGCACACGCCGCGGCUGCGGCGUCGACUUCGACCCCACCACUUCCGCUGCUGCUGCAGGCUCAUGCAGCUACCACCCAGGCGCGCCCGUCUUUCACGAAGGUCUCAAGUCAUGGUCGUGUUGCAAGGACACCAACAAGCCCGUCAUGGAGUUUGACCAGUUCCUCGCCAUCCCCGGCUGCAGCUCUGCCGACGCACACUCGACAGAAAAGCAAAACGUCCCUACCGUCAAGAACGGUGCGGUGGUCGCAGAUGCAGACGCCUCCACCCCAGCCGGUUCCAGCUCGGACGUCCACCUCGUCUCCAAGGACGCAGAUGGCAAAGAAACAUUCGGCAAGGACACUGCCGCUGCCACCGCCCCCGACAUCGUUCAGCCCUUGUCGGGGAUGUCGUUGCUUGCCGCACAAAAUGCUGCCCAGGCUUCCAGCACCGCGGCCAAGGCGCAAGCGCCCAAGGAGCCUGUCGAGGAGGAGGACCCCGUCGAGUCGGACGCGAAUUUGCCCGCCGGUCUCACCUGCAAGCGAGGCGGAUGCGGCUUCAGGUUCGAAGGCGGAUCGCGAGACCGCAGCAGCGAGUCUUGCAACCACCACAAGGGCACACCCAUCUUCCACGAGGGCUCCAAAGGCUGGUCGUGCUGCAAACGAAGAGUGCUCGACUUUGACGACUUUCUCAAGAUCGAGCCUUGCUCCACUGCCAAGACCGGUCACCUCUUUGUAGGCGCGCCCAAGUCAAAUGCCGGCGCCGGCGGUGAAGAGAGUGUCGAUUGCAGGAUGGAUCAUUACGAGACGCCCAACGAUGUGCGUCUCACCGUCUACGCCAAGGCUGUGGAUGCAGGCCAGAGCUCGAUCGAAUUUCAAGAGCAAGGCGUCGUCUUCUCCCUGCUCCUGCCUCCAGCACCAGGCUCGACUCGCCCGCGACGAUUCCGCAAGCUCCUCACGCCGUUUGCUUCCAUCGUGCCCGCAGAGUCGUCCUUCAACAUCACCAAGUUCAAGGUCGACCUCGUCCUCGCAAAGCACGCAAAGGGCCAGAGCUGGCCUUGCCUCGAGAGCGGCGACCGCGUCGUCGGCUACGGCCUCACCUUCGGCCGCGACAAGGACAAGUGA